AUAUUGUAAAUGCUUUCAGGUAAACAGACACAUUUUUACCCAAAUUAAAUCAUUUGAAACUUUGCCAAAUUUUUGCGCUGUAGGAGUGACUAUGAAUUCAAUAAAAAUUGAGAAAAUCUCGUGAGUUCUAUGUGAACCAUCGUACAAACAACAAGUUUUAAAAAAAAAAUUGUGAAAACUUUGUGAAAUUUUUUCUUACAUUCUUUCAACUAGUGAAAUAAAAUUUUUAAAGAAUAAUGUCGAACGUUCCUUUGAGAUUCAGAGAUUGGUGGGAUGACUACGAUCUUGAUUUCGAUUCAUCAUUCAGAAGACCAAGAACAUCUCGUUUAAUCGAUCAACAUUUUGGAACCGCACUCAGACGCAAUGAUCUGUUGAGCUCCUUGGCAAACACUCACGUUAGCCCUGUUCGUUCACCAUAUUAUCGCCCUUAUGACAUCAGCCGACAAGAUUCAGGAUCGACCGUCAAUGUAGAGAAAGAUAAAUUCACAGUCGUUCUCGAUGUUCAGCAGUUCACUCCUGAUGAAAUCAGCGUUAAAACCAAUGAUAAGUUCAUUAUCAUUGAAGGCAAACACGAGGAAAAGAAAGACGAACAUGGAUUGAUUUCAAGACAUUUCGUGAGAAAAUAUAUAAUUCCUCCAAACUACAAGCAAGAAAAUGUUUCAUCAACAUUAUCAAGUGAUGGAAUUUUAACAAUAACAGCUACUAAUCCAGCUACUCAAGCAUCAAGCCAAGAUAUGAGAUCAGUUCCAGUCGUUCCAGUUGGACCUCAAAAGGAAGCAUCUCAAAGCAAAACAGAAGAACAAACUUCUCAACCUAAAAUCGAACAAGUCAACUAAGUGUGAAUUUUAUUUCUCGUGAAAAUUUCUUUUUUUAAAUUGUGAAUGUCAACUUUUUUUUCUUCUUUUUUUAACGAUGUAAACGAAGGAAAAUUUCUGUGAAUUUUUUUUUGGAAAACAGAAAAUUAAUAAAAGAAAAUGUUUUUCUUUUAAAUCAAAA